UCUCCGACCCGAUAUUUCAACGUGUGGCGCCCACGCUUCUGAAGAUCAUUUUCCAUCUGAAAUCUGUUUCCUCCAAUCCCGAUUUUUCCGGUUCGCGGCAUCUGAGUGUAUUUAAUAACUAGAAGUUAUGCAUUUCAACGAAGACGACUAUUGAGCAACUGCAAUACUUACCACAGAUAUUUCUCUGUUCAACUGUGGCGUAAACCCGCCGUUUCUUAGACAUUACUUACCGCCAUGAGAGCUCUUCAGGCGUCGAUUCCCUACAAUCUUGGAUUUGGCAUUCCCUCCCUUGCUGCUACUCCCAGUAGCCGGCCUUCUUACGCUCAGCGCCGCCAUGUCGUAUUCGCUAAAGUUGAACGUGAACCAUCUGAGCAAUCUAUUGAGAUAAUGAGGAAGUUCUCAGAGCAGUACGCUCGGAAGUCUGGAACCUACUUCUGUAUGGACAAAGGGGUCACUGCUGUUGUCAUUAAGGGACUGGCCGAACACAAGGAUUCAUUGGGUGCACCGCUCUGUCCCUGUAGGCACUAUGAUGAUAAACCUGCAGAAGCGCAACAGGGUUUCUGGAACUGCCCCUGUGUACCUAUGAGAGAGAGGAAGGAGUGUCACUGCAUGCUCUUUCUCACCCCUGAUAAUGACUUUGCUGGGCAAGAUCAGACUAUUUCUUUGGAAGAGAUCAGAGAAACAACUUCAAAUUUGUGAUGCUUCAUCAUCUUGUAUUCAUUCCUUUAAAAUGACCAUAUGUAGAUGUGUAUGCUGAGUUGUUAACGACUUUUGUUCAUUUCAUUGAUGUAUGUGCUGAAGUUGUUAAACGUACACAGGCACAGAAAGGAAAAGAGCAGUUUUGCUUGUUAACACAUCAUUAUUUUUUUCAUUUCUCCAACCCAAGCUUUGUACUAUAGCUCUGGAAAUCACACUUCUUAACCUUUGGUAUGAUAUGGGAUCAUUGACAGAUUGACUUUUAUC